AUCAUUAUAUAUCCGUUUUCACAAGAAGCUGGUUUGGCGUAAAGCGAUUUAACAUGACUUAUACCUCUUUACCCUAAUCACAGAACAACCCACGUUAUUUUGUGCCGUACGAAUAUGUCACUAUUAUUUUUGUUUACAUAUUUUUAAUGACGCAUGGCGUGUUGAAUGCUUAGCAAAAUAAUCGACAUAAUUUGGUUUUAAACAAGUUUAGAAACCUUUGGUUGCUUAAAUAAGUUCUAGAACCCUGCCAGAACGGGCAAAGAAGACUAUAGAACGUCCUGUUUGGGUUAAAGUGCAUAGUUUUGUCAUUAGUUUAAGUGAGGUUAUGGCUUCAAAAAGAACAAAAUUAAUGAUUGAUAUGUGCAAAGAAAAUGGAUUUGAUAAUCUUUGUGCCGUUGAGGAUGGUAAGCAGACUUGGCAAGAGAUUUGUUGUACAAGCACCAAUGUCAUAGACCAGAUACCAUCUACUUCACAGGAUGUUUUAACAGAGAUGUCAGAGCAAUCUAAUAAGAAGGAAUUCGUUACUUUGCAUAAUGUUCCUUUAUCUACAACACCGUAUUUUGAGGAUGAUGUGUCAUCUAUACACGAGGUUCUGCCAUCACCAGGUAACGAACAAUUAGGUGAUGAUCCUGGCGAUUGUGACGACAGCGAUAAGGAUAAAGACUACGCCCCAGAGUCAGAAAGUUCAGAUUCUGAUAUGGUUAAUCUACAGCAACUUGCAGAUAAAAUAAAAAAGAAAAACAACAAUUCGGCGGGUCAAGUGGAAAAUGUUAUUAAAGAAAAUAGGCGAGGUCGGAAAACAGUAAAGGAAGAAACCAGGGAGAAAAGAAAGUUAAGAAAAACAAACAGAAAUUUGGGUAGGGAAUAUACUACCAGCAAGGGGAAACUUAUCAGAAAAAGAGAGAGAAGACCUUUAUGCUCUUGUAGGAAUGGAUGUUGUAGUAAAGUAGAUGAUGUUCAGUUGGACAUGCUUUUUGAUUAUUUCUGGUCAAUUGGCGACUUUGACGAGAGGGUUGCCUAUACCGCAAGUCUUAUUACGAAACAAAGAAAGAAAACAGCAAUAACGUCAGAAAGGAAGAAAAAGCGAGACUGUGUUAACGUUUUUCAUUUGAAAGUUAAUGGCGAGUUGAUUCAAGUUUGUAAAGGGUGCUUUGAAAAAACCUUCGAUAUUUCUAAUAAAUUUAUAACGACUGUAUUAUUAAAAAUGAACUCAACAGGAAUAUGUGAAAAAGAUAAAAGAGGUCGUAAAGAGCCUCCAAACAAAAUAAGUGAAAACAGUUUGCAGCUAGUAAAAGAUCACAUAGCUUCCAUUCCAACCUACGAAAGCCAUUAUUGUAGGAGGAAUUCCGAAAAACGAUUUUUACCUUCAUUUUACACGUUGAUACGUCUUUAUGAAGAAUAUAAAAUUUGGGUCCCGCCAAAUAAUAAGCCCGUAAGUCGUAAGAUUUAUGAACAUGUUUUUCACGAAAUGGGCAUUAAAAUAAAAAAGUUCCAGAAAGACACAUGCGCUACGUGUGAAAAAUUGAACAUUUUGAUUCGCAAUGAGAAAAACAGUGAAACCUUGAGUAGGUUAAAAACUGAACUGCAGUCACAUCUAGAUGAAGCUCAGGCGGCUUUUGAUUCGAAAAGACAAGACAAAGGCCUUGCAAAACAGGAUGAGACUAAACUUGUAUACGUGUUUGAUCUUCAACAGUGCCUACCAACCCCAGAUCUAACUGCCUCUGUUGCCUUUUAUAAAAGAAAACUGUGGACCUACAACCUGACCAUGCACGAAUGUAAAAAAAAACAAGCGAUCUGUUGCAUGUGGUACGAGACCAUUUCUGGACGGGGUGCAAAUCAGGUAGCGUCUUGCGUAUUUCGAGAACUUUUAUCUUUGCCUCCUGAAAUAAAGCAUGUUACACUUUAUUCUGACACUUGCGGAGGUCAGAAUAAAAAUUCCCAUAUUGUAGCAAUGUUUCUAGUUCUUAUGCAGCUGACUCAUCUGGAAAGUGUGGAUCAUAAAUUUUUGGUUCCCGGUCACACUCAUAUGGAGUGUGACUCCGAUCAUUCUGUCAUUGAGAGAAAGAAAAAGAAGUAUGAAUAUCCAAUAAAUCAUCCGCGUGAUUGGUUUCAACUAGUGCGGUUAUGUCGACAGGCAAAUAAUAAGUUCCAAGUUAUUGAGAUGAACAGGGAACAUUUCUAUAGUUUCUCAGACCUGCUCAAGAAAGUAUUUCAAGUAAAGAAAAAGGAUGAGGAAGGAAACCAUUUUGUUUGGAAAAAUGUGAAAUGGCUAAGAUUUGAAAAAAAGAAAUGGACAUUUUAUUAUAAAACUUCUUUGAGUUACAUAGCUCCCUUUCAUGAAAUGGACUUUUCAAGACGUGGACAAACUAAGGAGAUACCAGUCUCAGCAAUCCCUAAGUGUCAAUUUCCAAACCCCAUUACAGAGGAGAAAAAGAAAAACCUUAUAGAUCUAUUGCCCUAUAUAGACAACGUGUUCCACGAAUUCUACAAAGGCCUUCCCACCCAGAAGGAUCUUCAUGAAAUUUUGCCUGAUAUAGAAGAAAUUGACGAAGAUAAUAUAGAGUAAAGAGAAACAUCUUAUGUUUUUUUGUGUAAAGAGGUAUAAUUAAUUUUUUUUUUCUGCGAAAUGGAUAUUUUUUUCUUUGUAAUGUUAUCCGAACAUUAACCCUAUUAAAAUAAAUAGCUCUGGAAAAAAAAUCAUUUUUGUAUUAUUUAUUUUAAGGAAGUUAUCCCAAAAAUUGAACCGGACAAUA